AUGGAGGGUGUGAAGAGCUGGUUCAAUGACGAGGAACUGCGACAUACAAUCCUAGGGCAGCUUGUGGACUUCCGGCAAAACGGACAUCCCAGAGAGCCAAUCGGACGACAGUGUACUUUGAUCAAAGAAGCACGACCGCAUUCAGUAAACAUUGGCAACACUCGCCUCAUGCACUCAGCGGUCGCAUUGUUUGAGGGCGACCAGAAAGUUCUCACCUAUCGCAAUCCAUAUGCUUCAUUCAUUCACUGGGAACGGUAA